AUGGCUGCGGCCAUCGCCAGCGGCUUGAUCCGACAGAAGCGCCAAGCGCGCGAUUUGCAGCACUGGGACCGGCCGUCGGCCAGCAGGAGGCGCAACAGCCCCAGCAAGAACCGCGGGCUUUGCAACGGCAACCUGGUGGAUAUCUUUUCCAAGGUCCGCAUCUUUGGCCUCAAGAAGAGGAGGUUGCGGCGCCAAGAUCCCCAGCUCAAGGGUAUAGUGACCAGGUUAUAUUGCAGGCAAGGCUACUACUUGCAAAUGCACCCUGAUGGAAGUCUCGAUGGAACCAAGGAUGACAGCAGUAAUUCUACAUUGUUCAACCUUAUACCAGUGGGACUUCGAGUUGUCGCUAUCCAGGGUGUAAAAACAGGCUUGUAUAUAGCCCUAAAUGGAGAAGGGUUCCUUUAUACGUCAGAACUUUUUACACCAGAGUGCAAGUUUAAAGAGUCUGUUUUUGAAAAUUAUUAUGUAAUCUACUCAUCAAUGCUCUACAGACAACAAGAGUCAGGUAGGGCCUGGUUCUUGGGGCUCAAUAAAGAAGGGCAAGUCAUGAAAGGAAACAGAGUGAAGAAAACAAAACCAGCAGCUCAUUUUCUACCGAAGCCAUUGGAAGUUGCCAUGUAUCGAGAACCAUCGUUGCAUGAUGUUGGAGAAACAGUGCCAAAAGCUGGGGUGACUCCAAGUAAAAGCACAAGUGCAUCGGCAAUAAUGAAUGGAGGCAAACCAGUUAACAAGAGUAAGACAACAUAGCCAGAUCCUCAUGGGUAUCGUGACUUACUGAGCUCUCUUAAGUACGGCUGAGCACUUUAUCCUUGAAAGACUGUCUCACUCUGGUAUCUGCAGAUCAGCUGGAGGCAAGCAAAUGCUUGCUCUUCACUUGUUCCAAACUAGGUUGUUGCAAGCAGAUAAAUCUCAACCUGUAACUCCUCCCACAGCAAAGAAGACACCUGAAUAACCAGCUGAACUCAGACCAUGGAAUGCCCUACCAGAUAUGGAAUGCCUUUUUAAUAUCUUUUCUGUGACUGUGACUCCUCAUGUGAAUGGCAUACUUCACAAGUACACUUGAUAACCUGCCUGCUGACAGUUACCCAUACUCCCUCUUUUGAGUCCAGGAAACCCAUGUGUUUUAAGUUCAAUUUUGUAGCACACAAAAUAAUAAGUAAUUUCUAGAUAGAUGCUGUAAACCAGUGCUAUUAUGGAUUUUUUCUUCUUCCCCCUUUUUUACAAGGCUGCUCGCUCUGCUGUCUGUGUGACUCCUUUGCAGGGAUAGUGUUUCUCUCAGAUUUAAAUAUUGCUGGUGGUUUAGUUUUGAAAAGCAAUCAGGGAAUCGGGAGCCUUCAAAGCCCUUUUAGGUAUUAUACCUGUUGAAGAAUAGGAUCGAUAGAAUCAAUAGGAGUUAACAAAUGGGGAUUCAAUGUGUGAAUACUCUUUAGUGUGUUCUUGCGGUUGGCAUUGCUGAGGAGGGAAAAGCAUCAAGCAUGGCCAAUCAACAAUCUCCUGAGGCCAAUGUUUGACAUCCCCUGGUAGUUUCGUUUUGUGUGUGUGUUUUAUACAUAGCACAGGCUUACUGGUAAUGGUAACAUUUGCCUUGCCCAGCGAGCAAGACCCACACAUUUUUGGGAAAGUGGGUCCAAAGAACUCUGUAGGCCUUGUAGGCCUGAACUAAGGGUCAUUUUUCAUCUACUAGUCCUCAUUAUUUGAAAGUUUAAAAAAAUUAAGAUGAAUGAAAAUUGUGCUACCUAAGUCAGUUUCAAAACAAUAGAAUCCUUUUCCUGUUUUUAACAAAUGGAAUGUAACCCCACCCUUAUUUUUUGGCUGUAGUCCACUCUUUUAUUCAGCAACGCAUGGGCAAGGAAAUAGUUGUGUUCUUUUUUGCAGCACCAAUGCAAAGGGUAGAAUAUACUUUAAUACUUUCAGUGUUUAAAAAAAAGAGGGAAGUUUUUAAACAGGACAUAUUUAAAGAGUUCCUUUGUGUUUCUUUUUUUAAAAGCUCAGCAUGCAGAGUUCAAUACCCUCUGUAUUAUUUAAUCUGUACUACAUGUUUCUGGUUCAGCUUCUUAGGCUAAUAUGUGCCCACAAAAUUGCUAGGUUUACGGUGCCUUGCCUUGAUCUCAGUAUUCUUUCCAUUGUACUACAUGAACCUAGGAAAAUUCUAACAUGAUUACAAGGCCAAUAACUUUUACCAUUCAAUUGCAUAAUAAAAUAAAUGAUGUUUCCUGGAUAUCAGUUUAGAGUGGUGUUUAAGCCAAUUGAGAAUUGAAAGGAAAAAUGGUCACAAGUCCUAGGGGAUAUGAGAAAAAUGCUGUAAAAACAUUAUAUAAACAGGUAAGGAGUUUGAAAGUACUUAUUAGAAAACUUGAUAAAAGCAGAAGACAUGGUAUGGACCAAAAUGUACCUCAGUUCUGGAAGACCAUGUAUUAAACUACUAGGUGUUCAUUUUCAUGUUUAUUUAUCAUUUCAUUUAUGAGACUGUAUUUUCAGAAUGGAUUUUAAAAAUUGGUUUACAUUAACAUAAAUGAUGGUCUUUUCAAAUGUUCAGCCUGCUUAGGUGGUUAACUAGACUGAACAUUAAUUAACUCUGGAUGCUUACAUGAUUUUCAUAACAGCUUCUAAUUUAACAAGUAAACAAUAUGUGUCCAAGUAGGUUAUAUGAUGCUGCUUAAUUAGAAAUAUACAAAAUGACUAUUUAGACCAUUUUAUUUUUUCUUUUAUGCCCGUUUAAGGCAAGAGACUGUUUAAAGUUGGUUCUUUUUAACCACAUGAGUGAAGCACAUAAAAAGCUCAAUUUUCCAAGCAUUGAAUAAAACAAAAAAGACAGAGAAACUAUAGAGCUGAUUAAAAGCAAUUAAAACAGUACGUGCAAAACCAAAAUAAAUCCUGUAAUCCCUUUGGCCAGUAGCUUUCUCAGAUCAUCCUCUUGUGAAGAAGGCCCUUUUCAUUUUUUAUCAAGAUUGGUUUCCUGCCACAACGAACAAAAAGAAGCAACUCCCCUCAAUUUAUGUUCAGGGGGAUCAGCGGCUGGUGUGGCCUGCUCAUGCAGGUACUCUGAGCAACGGCUGUAUUGCAAACACUGAAACUGAAGGUCUCUGCCAGGUCUGUCAACUAUCCAUACUUCGCUCUCAAAUGUGAAAUGUUUUGUGUUAUUGUCUAGAGAUCCUCUUCUAGGAGCCUGCUUACUUUCAUUCUAGAUAGAAAAUUAAGUUUCUAUACUAAGCUACUGGAAUCAAAAACUUCGGAAAGCUCCAAAACAGGAGAUCAUUGUGAAAAGAUGUGAAAUGGAUCUUCUCUUUUCUGCAGAAUUUUGGUAUCAGUUUCAUAUUGUAUGAAGAGGGAGAGGGGCAGAUUUGGAAUAUGCAAUUAACUUUAGCAAUGGGGAGGGGAAUAUGGAGACAGGAUAUAUAUUAUCAGCUCUUGCAAUUUAUUUGAUAAGGCUAGCAAAGAAAAUGUUUCUGCCCCUGCCACAUCUUGAGCCAGACUGUACUCAUUUCACCAUAACCCUCUGGUCCCAUCCUGUAGUAUCGAGUCCUUAUAUUUCCAUAUAUGGAGACGCCUAUGAGACAUAAUCAAAAUGGGAUUAAUGUCCUUUGAAACACAUCAAUUUAAUUUUCCAACAUGCAAACUCAUAUCACCAUGCCAAUCACUUGAGUGGUUAAUAUAAUAUAAAGGCUGACUUUAUUUUUGUAGUGUGAAUGUUUGGUACUGUACUGUCAGUAGAACUUAACACAAAAAAGUCCCCUUUGGUUGCCAUUUACAUAAGUUGCCUCCAUAGGUGUUCACUUCUCUAACUGGAAGGGUCUUAAACCGCUUUAUCUUGAGUAUCUGUUUCACCACAGAGGAGAGGAUUCUUUGUUUCUUGUGCUUUGGUUGCUCCUUGAAGUUUGUCUCUUGUCUCAUCUGUUGCAUGGGAAGAGGAUGGUAACAAUGAACUGCAUGUAGUAGGCUAUGUGUAUCAGACCUGUUGGUGUGUACUC